GACCCGACCCCAGCUCGCCCCAGCGUAUAAAAUAACAAAGCGGCCAUCACAAGAUCUCCAGAAUCAAACCAGUCAGUGCCCAAGACAGCGCAGUUUCAAAAUCACAAGAAUCAACAUGAAUAUCGCGGUUGUUUUUUCUCUGCUUGUCGCCUGCGUUAUGGCAGCUCCCGCUGCAAAUCCCCAAUUCCCCGCUAGUUAUUAUUUGAUGGAAUAUCCGGUUUCAGUUGGGGAUAACUCUCCCACCCGAAGUUUACCAGCGAUUACCGGUACGCUAACGGAUAUGACUCAGUCAAUCGCUUCUUGGCAAUUAUUGAAGCUGCGUAGAAAAUGGAUCAUGAUUAUUUGCCUAAUGGAUCCUAAAUGCCCUUCGCUAGAAUUCCCAACGAAGCAUCCGUGGGCGCCUGCCCGUAAUUAUCCGCUCCAGUUCAAUAGCGAUUUUGACCAAUGGGCAGCACAAUACUCCGACAUGUUGGCGCUUGAACCAAUCACCCGAAAUGACGCUCAAGAUCCUUUUUAUCCCGGUAUUCCCUACAGAACUAUUCCGGUUACUGAGGAUGACGCAGAGGCAAAGUCCACGAGUAUGCUAACAUCCGCCGCCAAUUUUCAAAUGUCGCAAUGGAUCUGGAGGUGGAACAUCAUUCUUUGCCUUGUCAAUCCUUCGUGCCCCAAUGUCAAAAUUCCGUCGACCACCGUGAGAACUCGCAACGGUUAUCCGGGUUAUCCUUCGUUUCAAGUUGACAUGGAGACCCUCAGAGCUAUGAACCAAGACCCACGACGUGGUGUGGUAAUUCCGGUUUCCUUUGCUCCGCAGUGAGCCAAGAGAAUCUGAAUGCCAAUUGUGGAACUUCCCUCUUUUGUUUGCUAUGUUACACCAUUUCGACUUACACUCAAAUAGUCAAUCCUGUUUUAAUUAUGCGUAUAUUUAUUUUUAAAUUUUAUGUACUUUGUGUAACACUUUCUUCUUUUAAUACACGAGAAACCCUA